CAAUUUUGGGUUUUACAUUCCCACACGCAACGUAACCCAAAUAAAAAUCUUGUUUAUCUUCUUCCUUCAUCGGUUCAAUCCCCUCACCUCACCCACUCUGCCUCACUCCAUCGCAGUCGUCGUCGUCGUUUAACGGAUAAGCAACCAUCUCUUCCUCCACAAGAACACAACGACCUAUCAUAUCGAUAAACAACAAUGGCACAAUCCUGCAUCCCCUCUCUCAGAUUUAACUCUCUCGCAUUCUCUUCUACAAAAAGCCCUAGUUCCAUAUCUGAACAGAACUUCAACCCCCUUCCUUCCAGGAAAGCAAGUAAAUUGAGAAGUAAUCAGAAAAGUGUUGGGACUUGUUCUUCUUCUUCAGUGAAAGCUGUUUAUUCUGGUGAUUAUUCAUCAGUUAACAAGAAUUCGAGGCAGGGAGUAUGGUCCAUUAGGGAGGAUGUACAAGUUCCAUCAUCACCCUACUUCCCGGCAUAUGCACAAGGUCAAGGGCCACCCCCAAUGAUGCAAGAACGGUUCCAGAGUGUUAUCAGUCAGCUUUUUCAAUAUAGAAUUAUCCGUUGUGGUGGAGCUGUUGAUGAUGACAUGGCAAACAUCAUUGUUGCUCAGCUUCUGUACCUUGAUGCUGUUGAUCCUAACAAGGAUAUUGUGAUGUAUGUGAACUCUCCUGGAGGAUCAGUGACUGCUGGUAUGGCCAUCUUUGACACCAUGAAGCAUAUCCGCCCUGACGUCUCAACUGUAUGUGUCGGGCUUGCUGCUAGUAUGGGGGCUUUCCUGCUUGGUGCUGGCACCAAAGGAAAAAGAUACAGCCUUCCGAAUUCAAGGAUAAUGAUACAUCAACCUCUUGGUGGGGCACAAGGUGGACAAACCGAUUUAGAUAUCCAGGCUAAUGAAAUGUUGCACCACAAGGCGAAUUUGAACGGAUAUCUGGCAUACCACACCGGUCAGAGUCUUGACCGAAUCAACCAAGACACAGACCGUGAUUAUUUCAUGAGUGCCAAAGAAGCUAAAGAAUAUGGGCUCAUAGACGGUGUCAUUAUGAAUCCUCUCAAAGCCCUCCAGCCCCUUCCUGCUACUGCUGCCUAAGUAGAUGUAAACCCAAUUUAUUCUUAUUUGCUGUAAUGUAACAACCAAUGUCAUCUUCAUGUCGUGCCAAUUGCCAAAUCAGAUUUCAUUCUGAAUUAUAUGCAUGCAUCUUCAUCCUUUUCUCCCAAUUACAACUCUAUUUUACAUGUUGAAAACAUUAGUGUAUUAUUUUUCUCAAAUACAGACGUCAUCUUGUUUCUUCAUUA